CAUUGCACAACACACAAAAGCAUAAGCCCUAUCCUUCGAAAAAUUUCAAUUACAUUACACAAUUGUUUCUCACUGAACCCAUUCGAAUCGUUGUUACUUUGCAAAUUCAACGCGAGUUUUGCACAUUACGCUAACUCAACAACACUUUUUUAUUUUUUGUUCCCUCCCUUCCCAAUUUGGCUCCUUCCAUUUCCACAUAGGUGCAUAUUAGAAGUUGGAAUAGAGAAUUUGAGCUGGUUAGAUGGAGGAUGACAAGAGAAAGAAGAAAAACAGGAAGAAAAAGAACAAGCAAGGUAAGAAUGUGGACAAUGGAGUAGGAGAUAAAGAAACUAAGAUUGAGCAACUGGAUGCUGCCGCAGGUGAGAAAAUUGUAAUAGUUGAUUCAAAUGGGGUGGGAGAAACAACAAUUAGGGAUCAGAAUCUGGUGAAUACUGAAAAGGAUGAGCAUGAGCGUGCUGGUGUAACUGAUGUUGCUGGUGAACAAAGUACAAAUGUGGAUGGCGGAACAGCAACUAGGGACAACGAUCUGGUAAAUAAUGGCAAGGUUGAUCAUACUGAUAUUUCUGAGACUGCUGAUGAGCGAAGUACAAAUGUGGUUGGAGGAACAGCAGUUAGGGAUGAGGAUCUGAUAAAUAAUGGUAAUGAUGAGCCUGCUCAUAAUUUGGCAACACUAGAUGAGCCAAGUAAGAAUGUGGAUUGGAGAGGGGUUGAGGAAAACCCAAACCUAGAUCCGAUUUCGGUGAAGAAUGAAGAAGAUGAGGGUACUCAACACUUGGAGUCUGCAGAUGGCCAAAACAGAAAUAUGGUCAUGGAUUCAAAUGGACACCUGCCAAAUGGUAAAGAAUGUGCCACCUCAGAAGAGGUAUUUAAACUGGGAAAUGAAAAUGAUAUGCUCAAACAGAAUUUGGCCAUUUCAGAAGAGACAAUCAGGAAGCUGAAAGAUGAGAACGAUGUGCUAAUUCAGAAAGAGACCAUAUUAGGUGAUAGAAUAAGGAAAUUACAAGAGGAAAAUGAUAUACAGAUUGAGAAAGAGGCCAUGUCAGAAGAGACGAUCAGGAAUUUGAAGGAAGUAAAUGAUACACAUAUUACACUACAGAUCACAUUAGAAGAUACAAUAAGGAAACUAAAAGAAGAAAAUGAUAUACACAAUCAGAAAGUGGUCAUGUUAGAAGGGACAAUCAGGGAAUUAAAUAAAAAAAUUGAUAUGCAUAUUCGAAAAGAGGCCAAGUCAGAAGAGACCAUCAAGAGAUUAAAAGCAGAAAAAGAUAUGUCCUUUCAGAAAGUGGGCAUGAUGGAAGAGACAAUUAGAAAAUUGAAUUCUGGAAAUGACAUCCAUAUGCAAAAAAAGAUUGAAUUAGAAGAUACUAUUAGAAAAUUAAAGGAACAACAGUAUAUGCAUAUGCAGAAUGAGGCUAUGUCAGAAGAUACAAUUAGAAAAUUAAAAGAAGAAAACGAUAUGCACUUGCAGAUGGAGGCCAUAUCAAAAGAUACAAUAAGAAAAUUGAAGGAAGAAAAUGAUUUGCAUAUUCAAAAAGCGACCAUAUCAGAGGAUGCAAUUAAAAAAUUGAAAGAAGAAUGUGAUAAACACAUUCAGAAAGAGGUUACCUUGGAAGAGACCAUCAAUAAAUUACAAAGUGAACAUGAAUGGGAGAAGCAAAACCAGGCUAGUUUGGAAAUGAGAAUUGCACAAUUACAGAGUGAGAAUAGUUCCAUACUUGAAAAAGAGGCUGGAUUGGUGGAAAAGGCCACUCAGGUAGCCUUGGAAGAGACUAUCAAUAAAUUAAAAUGUGACAAUGAAUUGCACACACAAAAACAGGUUGGUUUGGAAAUGAGAAUUGCACAAUUAGAGAGUGAGAAGAGUUCCUUGCUUCAAAAAGAGGUUGGAUUGGUGGAAGAAACCAAGCAGUUGCUGAGUGAAAAAGAAAUUUUGAGCCUUAAAGUGGAGAGUUUACUGGAAAAAAUUACUCUUCUUGAGAGUGAUUUGAGUUCCUUUGUUGAGAAAGAGAAAUCAACUAAAGAAGAUAUUUCAAACCUGAAUGGAAAGAUUACCAUGUUCCAAGGACAGGUGGCUGAGUUGGAACAUUUCAAGAACAAUCUUUUGCUAGAAAAUCGGCAACUGAGGGAAAAUGUCUCAAGUCUUCAAACAACAAUUCAGAACCUUGAAAGCAGCUCAUCUUUCCGCUCAGCUGAUGCAUCUGUAAAGGAAAGUGCUUCUGAAAAUGAGGACUUGAAGUCUCAAAUUGAAGCAGCUUGUACGUUGGUGGAGAAAUUGGUGCUGGAGAAUGCGGAACUUGUUGAGAAUAUUAACAUGUUGUAUGUUGAGCUGGAUCGACGCAAUGCAGAAGUUGGACUUUCUGGAGGAGCUGGACCUGAUUCAAUUAAUGUGUUUCCUCAUUCUGAUGGGGUGGCUUCUGAUAUAACCGAAUCUGCAGAGGUUAAGUCUGUAUCAGCUCAGGAGUCAGGUUCAUUGCAAGAGGCAUCAGUGAGGAAUGAUCGUGAUUAUAUCGACGGCGAGCAAGCUGUUGGGUUAACUCCGAACUCAUCAUCGUUAUCUGAUGACACCGGAGAAAUUGUGCAGAUCCCAUUGGAUGACAAUGAAGUACGUGAAGUGGAACCGCAGGAUGCUGAAAUUGUGGAACAGGAUAGUGUGCCACUAAUGGAUGCUCCCCUUAUUGGCGCACCGUUUCGACUGAUAUCAUUUGUUGCUAAGUAUGUUAGUGGUGAGGAUUUGGUUAACCAAAACUCUUCAAACACCACCAUUCAUUGAAUUUCUAACACUGGGUGAAGCAGGCAGUAUACUUAUUCUUUUUGGUCUUGAAUAGGCAUUAACAUCACAUUAGGCAGAAAAUACUAAUAGGUUUGGCCUAAAUUGGGGGCCAUUUUAAUAUGUGUGACAAAUUUUUUAAACAUUUAGAAAUAUGUUACAGGGGAAGAGUAUAUUUAUAUCUUUAUGUUGUGUAUUCAUGCUUCAGCAUGGCAUCAUGAAUAAGACAAUAGUACUUGUGAUGAUGACUGUGCUGUAAUUCCUCAACUCUUGUGAUGAAUUGAUGAUUAUGUUUUUGAAUA